AUGGCUCCAGCGGCAAUUUCGCCUGUCUCCCCACCCUCACCCACCCUUGACAAUACUUCGAAGUUGACCAAGGCUGGCACGGCCGAAAUCCUCGAGAAGACUGCCUCCAAUGGGCUCCAAGUUGCGGAUUUAGAUGCUUCGAAACUGACUAUAACCCGCAAUUUGAAUCCCAAGCAUGUGCCCGCUGCCAACUCGGCAGAAGUUUGGUCGCAAAGCUGCACAACAGACCACAUGCUCACCGCUCGCUGGACGGAGAAAGCUGGGUGGGAAGCACCCGAGAUUCGGCCCUACGGGCCGCUUGCCAUCAUGCCCACGGCAUCUGUCCUGCACUAUGCCACCGAGUGUUUCGAAGGAAUGAAAGCAUACAGGGGUGUUGACGGCAAGGUUCGCCUUUUCAGGGCCGACCGCAAUGCCAAGCGGUUCUUGCAAUCAGCAGCUCGAAUUGCAUUGCCCAGCUUCCCGCCAGAGGAGUUUGUCAAGCUUUUGAAGAAAUUCGUUGGCGUCGAGGCACCAAAAUGGAUUGCUGAGCCGGGAUCUUUCAUUUACAUUCGACCUACGAUGAUAGCAACGGCACCUGCUCUGGGCGUGCAGAGACCCAAGGAGGCGCUCAUGUAUAUUAUCAUGGUCAUGUUUCCGUCUUUGGACGACCCAAGUUGCAAACCUCCUUCUAUCCCUGCGCCGCUCAAUGCUGGUAAUGCCGCUGGUACCCAGCCCGAGUCAAAACACGUAGCAGCCUCAAAUGGUAUGCGCCUCCUCGCUUCACGACAUGACAUGAUCCGAGCUUGGCCGGGCGGAUUUGGGAAUGCGAAGGUUGGGGCAAACUACGGACCCUCGCUUGUCGCACAGGGAGAAGCUCGGGCUAGGGGUUACGAUCAGAUUCUGUGGCUGUUUGGGGACGAGUGCUUCGUCACGGAAGCCGGCGGUUCCAACUUCUUCGUGUUGUGGGAGAACAAGCAAUCUGGGCGGAGAGAGCUGGUCACCGCACCCUUGGGAGACGGCGUCAUCCUGGAAGGCGUCACGCGCGCGUCGGUGUUGGAACUCGUCCGCUCGGGCGCGGUCGGGGGAGGCGACGUGGAUGUCACCGAGAGGAAGUUCACCAUGCAUGAACUCAUCGACGCCCAAAGGGAAGGUCGACUCAUCGAGGCGUUUGGAGCAGGGACAGCCUUCUUCAUCGCCCCCGUGCAGGACAUCCAUUUCCGAGGCACAGAUCUUGUCCUACCCCUGGGACGAGAGACACAGGACGCCGCAGGUGCCAAGGGGGCCGCUUUUGCCAUGGCUGUGAAGAAGGCCCUCAAGGACAUCAUGUAUGGCCGGCUGGAGCAUGAGUGGGGUGUUGUGGUUGAGGAAGAGAAGGGACCCGUCUACGAACAAUGA